GGAGGGGCGGCAGGAGCCGAGCGGGCCAUGGAGAGCGGCGGGGCGCUGAACGGCUCCGCCGCCGCCGGGCGCUUCGCCGCCGCGGGCACGGCAGCGCUGGGAGCGCUGAUGGCCCUGCUCAUCGCCGUCACCGUGGCGGGCAACGCGCUGGUGAUGCUGGCCUUCGUGGCGGACUCCAGCCUGCGCACCCAGAACAACUUCUUCCUCCUCAACCUGGCCAUCUCGGAUUUCCUCGUAGGUGCCUUCUGCAUCCCGCUGUACAUGCCCUAUGUGCUGACGGGGAGAUGGAUCUUCGGGAGAAGCCUCUGCAAACUCUGGCUGGUGGUUGAUUACUUGCUGUGUACCUCUUCGGUCUUCAACAUCGUACUAAUUAGCUACGACAGAUUCCUCUCGGUGACAAGAGCGGUCGCCUACAGAGCCCAGCAAGGCAACACCAGGCAAGCAGUGCUGAAGAUGGUGAUGGUGUGGGUGUUGGCAUUCCUGCUGUACGGACCUGCCAUCAUCAGCUGGGAGUACAUCUCAGGCCAGAGCAUCAUCCCCAUAGGGGAGUGCUACGCUGAGUUCUUCUACAACUGGUAUUUCCUUAUGACAGCUUCCACACUGGAGUUUUUCACCCCUUUCAUCAGCGUGAUGUUUUUCAACCUUAGCAUUUACCUGAACAUACAGAAGCGCACCAAAAUGCGCCUGGAUGUUUUCCACGAAGUGCACGACCAGUCCUUCACUGAAGAGAUGGAAAGGAGCCGAGAGGCAAAGCUUUCUUUGAAAUGCUGUAAGUGGGAGCAGAAGGAGUCAGCUGAAACCCUCGACUUCUCCGAAAGCAAAGCUCAAGCAGCAGCCUCCACUUCCAGCCUGGAUGCCAAAGAUCUGCUGGCAACAAGCUCAGAGAGCUCCAGGAAACCCGAGUGUUGCAGCAAGAAGAGCUGUAAAAAUUCAGCCUCCACUCUGCCCUCAGAGGUGAAGAUCGUGUCCCAGAGCACGACUCAACGCUUCAGGCUCUCUAGAGACAAGAAAGUGGCCAAAUCUCUGGCAAUCAUUGUGGGCAUUUUUGGGAUUUGCUGGGCACCCUACACUCUCCUGAUGAUCAUCCGUGCUGGCUGCCACGGCCAGUGCAUCUCCGAGUUCUGGUAUGAGACUUCUUUUUGGCUGCUGUGGAUCAACUCAGCUGUCAACCCUGUCCUAUACCCUCUCUGCCACUCCAGCUUCAGAAGGGCUUUUAUUAAACUCCUUUGUCCCAAGAAGCUGAAGAUUCAGCCUCACUAUGCCCUUCAGAACUACUGA